AUGAAGCGACCCGAAAGUGGAGAAAAGAAAGCAACACGCCAGUGCUGGGAAUGCCUCAAGCGACGCUUGGUCUGUGAUCAUACCCUACCCCACUGCAAGAAAUGCGUCAAGGCUGGCAAGGAGUGUCCAGGAUACGACCAGCAGAAGCCGUUACAGUGGGUGGAGCAUGGUAAGGUGACCUCGAGACGACGGAAGAGAGAUGGCCUGCCCAAAGUGUACACGAUCAGACCAAGAGAUCCUGAACCCAUCGCGCCAAUCAUUACCAACCUCCCUGUGCCCUCUUUCGAGGACUCCAGCAACUCUGGCUCGACGGAAAUCAUCGCCCAAGAUGCCGGUAUUGAUCUCGAACAAGAAACGCCUCAACAUUCCCGGCAUCUCGGCAUCUCUGACUCUCAAGGAACAGUAGAGGCGGUUGAACUCUACAAAAACCAACUCGCAGCCAUGCUAGUCCAUGACAAGAAAGCAGCAUGGUGGCAUAGUAUGACAACCGCAGAGCGAAAUCAGCACAUCACAAAUAUGGCUGUAGAGGCCGCUGCAGGAAUCGUGGUCGGCCAGACGAUUUUGCGCAUUGGCAGUCAAAAGAACAUUAAGGCAGUGGUUGAAAGAGGCCAGGCCUGGGAGGCCGCGAUGCUGCUACAGUCCGACAAAGAUCCACUUAAGAAGCUAAAGCAACUCUAA